CCACCUUCGUUUCUAUCGCCAACCCUACCUUCUUUAUCUCUUUCUUUUAACUUAAUUAUGGACACAUCAAACGAUCCUCACCUACCCGCCUCUCCGCCUCCUCCACCUCCGCCGACGGUUAUCACCGCCACCCACGGUGGAAAUGGAAGUGGAAGUGGAAGCGGAAGUCCUCAGCGUAACAACAACAAUCGCAAAUCUAAAGGCAAAGGAGGGCCAGACAACAGCAAGUUUAAGUAUAGAGGAGUUAGACAACGUAGCUGGGGGAAAUGGGUGGCUGAGAUCCGUGAGCCACGUAAACGCACCCGCCGGUGGCUUGGUACGUUCGCCACAGCUGAAGACGCAGCACGAGCCUAUGACCGAGCUGCAGUUAUCCUUUAUGGUUCAAGAGCUCAGCUCAACCUCCAGCAACCGUCUGGCGACGGUAAUAACACAACCGCCACGGCUACUGGUAGUUCGUCUUCCCAUCCUUCUUCUUCCUCCUCCUCCCCCCGCGGCGGCGCCGGCAGUGGCAGUUCUUCUUCAUCAUCGACUACUCAAACCCUACGACCCAUACUCCCUCGCCCUGCCGCCUUUAAUCUGACCUUCUCGCCGCCUUCUCAAGCCUCGCCGUCGGGAGUGCCGGUUUUGGCUAAUUAUAUGCCUUACCCUUUCUAUCCUACAGUACACCAAGGUACAACUUCCGGUGGCAGUAUAGUACAAUAUGCACUGCAACUUGUACAACCGAAUCAUCAGUAUUUACCUUACUCGAACAUGAAUAAAUUCAGUGAGGACCCCACUUUCAGAAUGACAACAACUCCAACCUCGUAUGAUCCGAAUGCAAACACAAACCCUAGCAACAACAAUUGUCAAUGGGAACAACAACCGCUACAAGAAUGUCAAAAUCAUCAACCAAACGUGAAGGAGGACAUCAAUUCAUUGGUGGGUUCAGUGGGAUCAAGCCUUUCACUUGUGUCCAACUCGUCGCCGACAAUGGUGGUGGGUGAUUCAGUUUCAGAUCCGAUUAUGGCGGUCGGCGGCGAGCCAUCAUCGCCUUCUUUGUGGUCGUUGACAAAUGACGACGAGUACCCACCACCUAGUAUUUGGGACUACGGAGAUCCGUCAUUUGAUUUUUGAAGGUUCAUUUACCGGAGAAGGAAUUGAAAACACUUGAUUCAAGUUCCGAGGAUCAAGUAAAAGAAUUGAAUUUGAAGAAAUUGGUUUUUAAUUACAUGAUUUGAAUCUGGGGAUUUCUGGUGGAUGUUAUCAGCAAAUAAAUCAUGAUGAUCAAAUAGUACGUAGUUAUUAGGGUUUUUAAGUGAUCUUGAGAGUCAAGAUUUCAUAUAUUCGUCUCAUUGUUUGAAAAGGUUUGCCGACUUUCUUACAAAGUAAAUUUAGUUAGUUGAUAAUUACAUUCGACUAAUUGUUUUUAUGUUUUGAAAGAGGGUUUCUUUUCUUUUG